AAACUCGGUCCUGGGGACCCCAAGGGCUGCACGUUUUGGCGUUUGCCCUAGCACUACACCGCUGAUUCAACUAAUCAUCCAGCUUUGAUUGUUUGAAUUUGCGGUGUAGUGCUAGGGCAAAUCCCAAAACGUGAACCCCUUUGGGUCCCCAGGACCAAGCUUGGGAAACGCUGGUAGGGUAAGGACGUCCCAAGAAUUCCGGAUAGCAAUAACCAUGUACAGCUCAGCUGUUACACCAAGAUAACUGAUACACCCGCCUCCAGUAGAGGGCGACUACAACAACUCGUCUACAGAAUGCAACAUCCUUCAAAGUCAAAGAAGAGGUUACAGAAUUCGGGGAGGGGGGCUGGUCCUUUUUUGUUCCGCUGGAGAAUCGUGCUUGGACGGUGAGCAGGAGCAUAACAGACCGAUAAGAAAGCAUAGCGCCACGGACAAUAUUUUUAGGCCAGGCAAAGAGCGUUCAACCCGGAGGAAAGAAGACCGACGCAAGGUAUCACACAAGAGCCGUUCAGCAGCGGUUCUUGUGUUAUCAGACAGGCAGCUUUUGUCGUUACAACUCUGUGUCUGGGGGUACUGGAAGGGGUGGGGGUUUAGCGAGUACGGAGAAGACUACACGCCGAGAGGAGGGGGCUGGAAGUCUGCAACUCUUCCAGCCUGAAAGGGCCGGCGCUGUGACCAUAGAACCCUGGACUGUCUAGUGCCCGCGCGGUUAAGUGGAUGGGAUGGAGCCGGGACCGUCUGGCGCUGUGCCCAUGGGGCCCUUCCCCCCACCCCUGCAGCAGGUGUUCCAGGCACCCCGCCGGCCGGGCAUGGGCACUGUGGGCAAGCCCAUCAAGCUGCUGGCCAACUACUUUGAGGUGGAGAUCCCCAAGAUGGACGUGUUCCACUACGAGGUGGACAUCAAGCCUGACAAGUGCCCCCGACGGGUCAACAGGGAAGUGGUGGAAUACAUGGUGCAGCACUUCAAGCCCCAGCUCUUUGGCGACAGGAAGCCGGUGUACGACGGCAAGAAGAAUAUCUAUACGGUGCUAGCGCUCCCUAUCGGAAGUGAGAAGGUGGACUUUGAGGUGACUAUCCCCGGGGAGGGGAAGGAUCGUAUCUUCAAGGUGUCUAUCCGCUUCCUGGCCACGGUGUCAUGGCGUCUGCUCCAGGAGACACUGGUCAGCGGGCGCCUGCAGGUUCCCCUGGACUCUGUCCAAGCACUGGAUGUGGCCAUGCGCCACCUAGCCUCAAUGAGGUACACUCCAGUGGGACGAUCAUUCUUCUCCCCACCUGAAGGAUACUACCAUCCCCUGGGAGGGGGGAGAGAGGUGUGGUUUGGUUUCCACCAGUCUGUACGCCCCGCCAUGUGGAAAAUGAUGCUCAAUAUUGAUGUGUCUGCCACGGCCUUCUACAAAGCCCAGCCGGUGAUCGAGUUCAUGUGCGAAGUCCUGGACAUCCGCAACAUAGACGAGCAGCCCAAGACCCUGACCGACUCGCAGAGGGUCCGCUUCACCAAGGAGAUCAAAGGUGGGCCGUUGAACAGUCUGAAGGUGGAGGUGACCCACUGCGGUCAGAUGAAGAGGAAGUACCGCGUCUGCAACGUCACGCGACGCCCCGCCAGCCACCAGACAUUUCCUCUGCAGCUUGAGAGCGGACAGACAGUAGAGUGUACGGUGGCCCAGUACUUCAAGCAGAAGUACAAUCUGCAGCUCAAGUAUCCCCACCUGCCCUGCCUCCAGGUGGGGCAGGAGCAGAAGCACACCUACCUGCCCCUGGAGGUGUGUAACAUAGUAGCAGGGCAGCGCUGCAUCAAGAAACUGACAGAUAAUCAGACGUCCACUAUGAUCAAAGCCACGGCUCGCUCUGCACCUGACAGACAGGAGGAGAUCAGCCGACUGAUGAAAAAUGCCAACUUUAACCUGGACCCGUACAUCCAGGAGUUUGGGAUCAAGGUGAAGGAUGAGAUGGCGGAGGUGACGGGAAGGGUGCUGCCUGCCCCCAUCCUACAGUAUGGAGGACGGAACCGGGCCAUCGCCACGCCCAACCAGGGGGUGUGGGACAUGAGGGGCAAGCAGUUCUACAACGGUAUUGAGAUCAAGGUGUGGGCCAUCGCCUGCUUCGCCCCCCAGAAACAGUGUCGGGAGGAGGUGCUCAAGAACUUCACAGACCAGCUGCGUAAGAUCUCCAAGGAUGCUGGGAUGCCCAUCCAGGGCCAGCCGUGUUUCUGUAAAUACGCCCAGGGAGCCGACAGUGUGGAGCCCAUGUUCAGGCACCUGAAGAACACCUACUCUGGACUGCAGCUCAUCAUCGUCAUCCUGCCUGGAAAGACCCCAGUCUACGCGGAGGUGAAGAGGGUGGGAGACACUCUCCUAGGAAUGGCCACUCAGUGUGUCCAGGUGAAGAACGUGGUGAAGACGUCCCCCCAGACCCUCUCCAACCUCUGCCUCAAGAUCAACGUCAAGCUGGGGGGAAUCAACAAUAUCCUGGUGCCCCACCAACGGUCAGCAGUGUUCCAGGAGCCUGUCAUCUUCCUGGGGGCCGAUGUAACACACCCCCCUGCUGGAGAUGGGAAGAAGCCCUCCAUUACCGCUGUGGUAGGCAGUAUGGACGCCCACCCCAGCAGGUACUGUGCCACAGUCCGGGUCCAGAGGCCCAGGCAAGAGAUUAUCGAAGACCUUUCUUACAUGGUGCGAGAGCUGCUGAUCCAGUUCUACAAGUCGACCCGCUUCAAGCCCACCAGGAUCAUCUUCUACAGGGACGGAGUGCCCGAGGGGCAGCUCCCGCAGAUACUCCACUACGAGCUUCUGGCCAUCAGGGAUGCGUGCAUCAAGCUGGAGAAGGACUACCAGCCUGGUAUCACCUACAUCGUGGUCCAGAAGCGCCACCACACACGCCUCUUCUGUGCCGACAAGUCUGAGAGAAUCGGGAAGAGUGGUAACAUUCCUGCAGGGACCACAGUGGACACCAGCAUCACUCACCCGUUUGAGUUUGACUUCUACCUUUGCAGUCACGCGGGUAUACAGGGGACUAGUCGGCCCUCGCAUUACUACGUCCUGUGGGACGACAAUCGUUUCACCGCCGACGAGCUGCAAAUCCUCACCUACCAGCUGUGCCACACCUACGUGCGCUGUACACGCUCCGUCUCCAUCCCCGCGCCAGCCUACUACGCCCGCCUCGUGGCCUUCCGUGCCCGCUACCAUCUGGUGGACAAGGAGCACGACAGUGGGGAGGGAAGCCAUGUCUCUGGUCAGAGUAACGGUCGGGACCCCCAGGCUCUGGCGAAGGCGGUGCAGAUUCACCACGACACGCUGAGGACCAUGUACUUUGCCUGAGCACCACCCCACACCACCACCACUGUCCUUAAGACUCACCAUCCCUCGGUGAGGGGCCUGGGAGCCCACUGGAAGCCUUCCACCUCUCCUCCUCCCUCCAUGGUUGUGGCCACCCACACACUCCACACACCUCUCAUGACUGACCCACCCCAGUACCAGAACUAUACACCCCUCACCUGAUCAACCCAGGUCGACUCUGCAGCGUUCUGCACAACGGUUAUUAUUAUCAUUGUUGAUAUUACUAAGUGUUUAUUUUUAUUUACUUUACCAGGACUGUGUGUUUUUAUGUAGACUUUUCUUUUGUUUUUUUAAGAGCGAAAAAAGGGUAUUAUUGUAUGCGACCUUCCACACUCCUAUGAAUGCAAUAUGGAGGGGAGGAAAACGGGCGCUGAGCUGCCCCGAGACUUUUGACUGCCACCACAAUGCUGCCUCUUACCUAAUCCGCACCGGUGGAUGCCAGUGUUCUGUUUCAAGCCCCUGGUACAACAGGAGUCAUGAGACCCCCGGGCUGGGGAAGGGCGACAAAAAGGACACACUUAUUAUCGUUUAAAUAUUUUAUCAUGAACUCCAUUCUUAUGUUGACAUUUUACAUUUUUUUAUGGCCUUGAGGUGUGCAAUGGGGAUGUACGGUACUUUAGCACUUAGCACUUAGAGAUUAGCAUGUAGUCAACGCCGCCCACCCUGCACCUAAUAUGAAGUGUCUGUGUGAGGCUAGCCCUCUGCUCUUAAUAGUGGAAAUAGAGCAGAGAUAGAAAGAGCAGGUGUAUUAUAUCGUAGAUACAUGAGACUUAAGUCCUUCACUGUAUCUCUGCAGGUUGGGGAGUCUCCUCUUAAAAUUAGCCAGUAGAGAGAGGCCAAUGUAGAAGUUAGAGGGACCAUUGUAUUGAGUUUAUUGAAUAUACUUGAAUAUACUCACACCCCAUGCACCUAAACCAGCAUUAUUAUUAUUAACCAGCCUAAUGUGAUGCCUACCAAUGGAGAAGGGGCACCUAUGUAAACAGGAAGAUAAUCUUUGUGUCAGAAUGCAUUUACUCUGCGAAAGGAAUUACGAGGCACUUUCUUUACCUGAUUGGUUUAUGUUACUUCAGAAUGGGGAGAUUUGUCUUCCCCCAGCCUUCACACACAGGUCUACACACACACCCCUACCUACCUACCUACACAAUAGAUAUUCUCACACCUACAACCUCUCUAAGCUUGCUGAACCAAUAGAGUAACAGUAGCAAUACAAGGUCUUCAUCUUGUCUUUGUAGGUGUGAAAGCAGCAAAAAGACAUGGGCCCGAGAACACUGAAUGAAAAGUGUUUCUCCCUUCACUUUUAGCACUUGACCUUGGCUAUAUGAUCAUUCUACACAUUCUAGCUACACAUUCCAACCUAUGUCAAUGGGGUCGACGUACACACCAGUACACCACGUUGACAUACACACAAACGCGCGCAUACUGUACGCACACAGAGCACCUCUUUUUUUAAUUUUUUAUGUUGUACAUAGCUUGUCCUACCUACAAACAUCGACCACAGCGUCGAUCAACACAAGCACACUCACGCCCCCUCAUAUUCUCCUACUGAGUGUGUACCGAGUCACCUCCACGCAUGCACUUGCCCCCCUUAAAACCCCCACAUGAAUACUUACCCCCUCCUUCCAACGCCCUUUUCCCCCCUAUCCAUACCCCGCUCAACCCUCUGCCUCGGUUCCCCUCCUCCCAGCCUAGUGUAUGAUCCCCCAUUGGUGCGCUGUGUGCAUGGACAACACAGAUAGGGGUUUGCUACACAGUUUAUUUGGGGGUACUUACUCAAUAUGCCCUGCCUUCACUUCUGAUCACGUUCUGACUCUCUGAAACGCAUGAAACACAUUUUUAUUAUGACUGGGUAGUCUGAGCCACCUUCUUUCCGUUUUCCUAGAGAUAGGAGCUUAUUACGCUCACUUUUGCCUGUCAGUCAUAGCUUCUGUUGUGUAAGCGGUGAACUGAAAGGCUGUUUUCUGUAUUGUUGUGAUGAGUAGUGUCAGAGUGUAUCCUCAAGGGGGUACUAUGCGAAGAGUAGUCUGACAACUUUCACUUCUUGGCCUUCAAGCGCCUCCAAUCAUGUCUGGUGGGUGGUAGAGCACCUUUUUAUGUUGGAAGGGAAUGACGAUUGAGAUUUAAUGAUAUGCCAAUUUUUUGGGGGGGGAUUCAUGUUUAUGGACUUUACGCACUCAAAAUGCUUUUGUACACCAUUGUACUGACCCAAUGUGUCCAAGGUGAUUUGUAUAUAACCUGUAAUGAAUUUGGGCUCACCAAUGUAGCGGGGCCUUUGCAGUUGGGGUUAGUCCCCGGCCCCUCUGUGUUCAAAUUCAGCUUGGGUAAUCCCAGCAACACUGAUCCAGAUGCAGUUCUUGUCUCCAUUCACUGAAGACACAAAGCACCUUGCAACAGGGGAGGACAACAUGGAAUUACCCUGGGAAAAGCAUCAUGAUGAGGACACAAGCGAUUCCGCUCCACUCAGCCUCACUGACUAAGCAAUAUAAAAGCCACUGAUCAAGAACAGUCUUUGUCAUAGCACUUCUCAAUUGGUUGAAUGAAAGGACAUGGAAGCAACUUAUUUUGGCUCUGUAUGAUGUAAUAGUAUGGGGACUCUGUUGGGGAGGGCUAUUUUUAAAGGAAAUACAUUUGUUUUUUAAUA